AUGACGACCGCCGCAGGGGGAACAGGCUCCAGCCUGGCACGCGCCAUCACCAUUGUUGCUGGUGUCUCGGCGUUGGUCGCCUCUUUCUUAUCCUUGGUGUCGAUUUGGUUUCAAACGAAAAACUACCGGAAGCCCCUUCUCCAGCGCUAUGUGGUACGCAUAUUGUUGAUGGUUCCCAUAUACGCGGUAUCAUCAUGGACCAGUAUCGUGUCCCUCACUGCAGCUCAGUUUCUGGAUCCCGUCCGGGAUAUCUAUGAGGCAUUCACCAUCUACACUUUCUUCCAACUCCUAAUCAACUUCCUUGGGGGUGAACGAUCUGUAAUCAUCAUGGCGCAUGAUUGA